AUGAAAUUACAAUACUUGCUUCUUAUUACUCAUGUUUUUGGCGGUUUAUUACAAUUAGAUUUAAAUUACAAAUCUAACAACUUAAAAAAGAGGGAUGAUGGAAAGGUUGAGUUAAUACCAAACUAUGAACCUGAUCAAGGAGAAUACUUUGUUGAACUAGAGUUUGGUUCCAAUAAAGAAAAUUUCACAGUCAUAAUAGAUACCGGUUCAGCAGACUUGUGGAUUCCAAGUGUGAAUGCUAAUUGCAGUGUUGAUUAUCCUUCAGACGUAUCAAUUUGUCCUAUAAAUGGGUACAAUUGGAAAAACUCUGUGACAUUCAACCUCACUUCAGAAGAUUUUAAUAUCCAUUAUGAUGAUGGUACAGUAGCUAGUGGAUUCUUUGCUCAGGAUACAGUAUGGGUUGGUAACAUUGAAGUGAAAAAUACAAUUUUUGGAAUUGCCAAUAAAACAGAUUCUUCAGCUACAUUGGGAAUUGGAUUACCAGUACUUGAAGCUGGUCAUAAGGAAUCUAAUAAAACUACAUAUCCAAACUUUCCACAAAAAUUAAAAUUAGAUGGAAUCACUAAUAGAGUACUUUACUCAAUUAUGCUUAACCAGGAUCAUUUGAAAAGUUCAUUAUUAUUUGGUGCUGUGGACCAUGCGAAGUAUUUGGGCGAAUUGGUAACUUUACCUGUGGUGACAAAUUCUGAUUUGCAAAGCUCAAUGGUAGUGCAAUUAGAUUCAAUUGAACUUGGGACUAAGGAAUCUAACAUCACCCUUGUUUCUGAGAAUUCAAAUGUUCAAUUUGAUACUGGUAGUACAUAUAGUUCAUUUAAACCAAGUUUCUUGAAGAAUUUGACUCAGCAAUUGGGAGGAGAAGAGAUGGACAAUGUUUAUUUUGUCAAUGAAACUGCAUUCAAUGAAACUGAAUUAUACUUCUCUUUCCAAAAUAAAACAUUUGCUGUUCCAAUUAUGGCUCAACUUACAGGUCCUAAUCAGAAUACAUUAUUAUACAAUAACUUACCAGAAAAUUCAGACCUCGAUAUAAUUCUUGGCCAAGAUUUCAUGACCCAAAUCUAUGCUGUUUUUGAUUUGGAUGGUUUGGAAGUUAGCAUUGCCCCACAAAGUGGUUCUUCUAAGUCUAAUGUCCAAGUUGUUGGAGCUGAUGGUAACUUCACUAAGCAAUCUGGAGAUGCUUCUGAAACAAGUGGAGAUGCUUCUGAAACAAGUGGAGAUAGUUCAGAAAAAAGUGGUGCCAGUUCCAUCAAGAACGUCUCCAUUUACUUGUUAGUCGUAAGUGUAUUGUUUGGGUUAUUCUAG